UGGUCGCGCAGUUCCGGUUCGGCAGCAGAGUUUGUUUACGUUCGGCUUAGGUCUGAAGGCUGCUUUCCCUCCUCCGGCUCCAAGAUGGGGAAAUCGUUCGCCAACUUCAUGUGCAAGAAGGACUUUCAUCCCGCCUCGAAAUCCAACAUCAAAAAAGUAUGGAUGGCAGAACAGAAAAUAUCAUAUGAUAAGAAGAAACAAGAAGAAUUAAUGCAACAGUAUCUUAAAGAACAAGAAUCAUAUGAUAAUAGAUUGCUUAUGGGCGAUGAACGUGUAAAGAAUGGCCUUAAUUUCAUGUAUGAGGCCCCACCAGGGGCUAAAAAAGAAAACAAAGAGAAAGAAGAAACUGAAGGAGAGACGGAGUAUAAAUUUGAAUGGCAGAAAGGAGCACCACGAGAAAAAUAUGCCAAAGAUGACAUGAACAUCAGAGAUCAACCCUUUGGUAUUCAGGUUCGAAAUGUGAGGUGCAUUAAAUGUCACAAAUGGGGUCAUGUCAACACAGAUCGAGAAUGUCCUUUGUUUGGUCUUUCUGGAAUCAAUGCAAGUUCAGUUCCCACUGAUGGCUCAGGGCCAUCGAUGCACCCCUCGGAGCUAAUAGCGGAGAUGAGAAACAGUGGGUUUGCACUGAAACGAAAUGUACUGGGGAGAAACUUGACCGCAAAUGAUCCAUCACAGGAGUAUGUUGCAAGUGAGGGUGAAGAAGAUCCAGAAGUUGAAUUUUUAAAGUCACUCACAACCAAACAGAAACAGAAACUUCUCAGGAAAUUGGAUCGACUUGAAAAGAAAAAAAAGAAAAAGAAGAAAGAUAGAAAAAAGAAAAAGCUUCAAAAGAGCAGAAGUAAGCAUAAAAAACAUAAAAACAAGUCAUCUUCCUCCUCUUCUUCUUCCUCAUCCUCCUCCUCCUCCUCCUCUACUGAAACUUCAGAAAGCAGUAGUGACAGUGAGAGUGACGACAAAGAAAAAAAGAUGGAAAAGAAGAAAAGAAAGAAAAACAAGUGUUCAGGGUGGAACAGUGAUUCUGACGUGAAGGACAAGCCUAAGAAGAAAAAACUUUAUGAAGAACUUUCUAGCAGUCACAAUAACAAGGAAAAAGCCAAGGAAAAGCCUGGGUUCUUAAAACUAGAGAGUUCUGCUGAGAAUAGCAAAUGGAGCCAUUCUGAUUCUGACAGAAAGUCCAGAAACCAUCAUCACAGCCCAGAGAAGAGAGGAUCUGAAAGAAGUGAAGGGGCCAGCAGGAGCCACAGCAGGGACAAGAGGAGUAGGAGAAGCCGGAGUCGAAGUCCGGGUGGUCACAAGCGAAGAGAGAUGAGAAAACGGCCACCACAUAGUCCCAGUGAAGAGCAAACUAGGAGAGACGCCACCAGAAGCCAUGGCUCAGAUAUCCACAGAGGAGAAAAGAUGCCCAGAGAGUACUCGGGAGAUCGGCAUUCCAGAGUGACACAGGGGAGACCGGGCAGGAGCAGGGAGUGAAGAAAGGGAGACCGUGUGACUGAUCUGGGAACACAAAUGUCUACACUUUGUGACUGCACAUCUUUAGCAAGGGCUAAAUUAUGUACUAUUAUCUUUUAAUAAAAAAACUCUUUUAAUUUUUCAUCUCUAAACUGUCAUUUCAAGUAUAAAACUACAAGUCUUUAAGAAGGAGGUUUGCAAAUGUUUGUAAGUAAUCUAUUUUGGGGCUGUAGAAAUAUUUUCUGUUGGUAGCUGUUUCUUGUGCCCUAUUCCAGAUAAAAGCUGCAUAUAACUCUGUGACAUUUUCUUUGUUCUGAAACAUCAUUAAAAGAAUGACAGUCCAUUGAA